AUGCGCACUACUGCUUGGCUACAGCCUCCAAAAAAGUCCAGAACGGAGAUGCCUCGUUUAGCUUUGGGCUCUGAUGAACGGAAAAAGGACGCGAAGGGUUAUCAGAAGAAACAUAAGUUUUAUUCCAACGGCUUGCUCGAGGUCAACCCUAAUGGUCAACAUCCGAUUUUCGAUUUGAUCGAGCAGAGUGAGGCUGCUUGGAAGGCAAAAUUAAAGAGCGCCAGUCGCAGCCUGCAUGAGGCUGUUAUCGAGUAUGAAAGGCGGUAUGGCCGAAAACCCCCUUUGGGGUUCGAUAAGUGGUGGCAAUAUGUCGAAGAUAAUAAUGUCCAGCUACCCGACGAGUACGACCAGAUCGACAGAGAUCUCGAGGCAUAUUGGGGUAUCAAACCUCAGGACCUUCAAACCAUCGAGUUCGCGCAUGAAGUCUUGCCAGAGUGCGAUACCUACACUUUGGGAAAGCUCAACCUGAAGGAUUCUAUCACCCUUUUGAACUAUUCGCUACCACACAAUGCUUCAGUAGAUUACGACAUGGCUGAAGGCGGAAAAAUGAUCAUGGAGAUGCUUAGAGAAGCUGGCGUCGAUAAAUACAUCCCACCCUUUCGAGCUACGUUUAACCCACACGACAGUCCUGAAAUGUUGACAAAUCGGAAUCUUUGGUUAAAAGCCGUUGCACACGCGCAGGAAGGAAAGAGUAAGACCCCCUCGUUCUGGAUAUAUAUCGAACUAUGCCUCAUAUCAUCUUUUCUGCCAGCCUUUUCUAUCCUCGACGCACCUCCCCUGGAUGACCCCUACCAUGGCUGGCUCACAGCCUGCGACCCGACAUCGCCUGCUUCGACCACGCCUAUCGACUUUGAUGCUCCCUAUCCCACCCAUCUUUGGCCCAAUGGAGACCCUAUGUCUCCUUCCCAUACCCGCACAUUCAUUUACGACCAUCGUGCAGCCAUGGACCCUUGUAAUAAUCCACACCUCCUCCGUCAACACGGACAGUUUGUCAAAUUUGGUAAAGGCGUUGAACCCCGAAAUUCCCUAAUUCCAAUAUUUAGCUUCAGCCCUUCGGUACUGCACCACGAUAUCAUUUCUGCAAAUCCCAUGAACUGGUUCCGCGAUCUUCCAUUAGGCGCAAAUCCUGCUUGGGAAGAUAAAGUAGAUGAACGGCUGCAUUGGCGCGGGGCCAACACCGGUAUACAUUAUUCGAAAAGUAUUCCAUGGCGUCUCUCGCAUCGUAUCAAGAUGAUGGAGUGGGCACAUCAUAACCUUUAUUCGGAUUUGAGAAUCCUUGGUUUGGGUGUGAAGGAGGGCGAACGGAUUGGUGAAGGCACGGUGGUAGAAAAGGCGCGAUGGGUGCCUGCGAUGUUGGAUAUCUCUUUCACUGGGAAGCCAAUCGGUUGUGAAGAAGAAGACGGUAGUUGCGGCCAGCUACAGGACAUGUUUGAAUGGCGGAAAAGAGCCAACUUCGUGGAUGCAGGCAAAUUCAAGUACAUUCUGGACAUAGACGGAAACGCUUGGUCUUCUCGUUUCAAGCGCCUUAUUACCACUUCGUCAUGUAUAUUCAAAGCAACUAUUUAUCCUGAAUGGUUCACCGACCGCAUUCAGCCUUGGGUCCAUUACGUCCCUGUACAGAUUGACCUUUCCGAUCUUUGGGACGCUUUUUCCUUCUUCCGUGGCGAUCUUAAUGGUGACUUUGGGCACGAUGAUCUGGCGCAGAAAAUUGGCGAAGCUGGAAGGGUUUGGAGUCAUACCUUCUGGAGACAGGAAGACUUGGUUGCUUAUAAUUUCCGGCUUUUACUAGAAUACGCUCGUGUUAUGAGCACAGAUCGAGAAGCGAUGUCAUUCAAUCAUUGGGCAUCGAAAUUCUAG